AAUUCAAUGGUUUACUGCUCGCAAAGAUGGUCCUACAUGUCAUUGAGUUAUAAUCCCUUUCAGAUUCCUUUACUGGUUAAGUAAACUUUAUUUGAAUCACCACUAGCCUCUAUCCCAAAUAUUACUUCAAAGUACCAGUUGGCUCGUCGCAACGAUAUAAUUUACUGGACAUUACGAUUACUCAAUAUCAUAACUGAAUAUUAUGUCUAAUUUCGAAGCAGACAAGUCAUCACUCCGAGAAGAUGGUUGCACUUCCGUGGAAAUAAAUCAUAGUAUACCUGCUGCAGAAAAGUUAAGUAAACUUCCCCUCUCACGUGUUAAAAUAAUUGUAAAAACGGUGCCGUCUGUUUCUCUAGUUACUUCCGAGGCACUGGCUUCAAUCGGGUUUCUAUGUGAGCAAUUUAUACAGGAUUUUUGUCGUAGUGUCAUUGAAGUAACUGCACAAGAAGGCAAGAAAACGGUCACCAAGCAACAUGUUCAGAGUACUGUUCAAUCAACCCAGAAGUACGAGUUCCUCGAUGGAAUUAUCGAGUGAUUUAUAUUUGCGGGAGGUUACCGCGUCAUAUCUAUUAUGUCAAACAUCCUCAUAAUCAUCAAAAGACUGUCUAUUUUGUAAAUUAAUAUUGAAAUACAUCUGAUGCCUAUUAAUAA